AGAAUAUUUGCAAACUGUGCUCUACAGCCGAGUCGAGAUCGCGACCUCCUACCCGAUUUAAAUCUCAAAAGUAAAAGAUUUGGCGCGCGCGGGAAGUCAAGAAGUGGAGGAGCUUUGAUUUUUUGACAUGGACCCCCUCUCUGCCACAACUUACUACCGCCUGGCAUUUAGUGCUGCCAAAAAAUGAGUAGCCAAAAAGACCACCCCAUGUCUCUUCUUUUAUGGCGCAAUGCGUAGGAGCUGAGGCACCACUCUUUUAUCAUAUCAUCCUUGUGCUCCUUCACCUUCUUGGCGUGGGGAGUUCACGAAAUUUCAGGAAGAGAUCAUCCCCCUAUUUUCCCCUCCUGAUUCCUCCUCCUCUCCGAGAGAAAAGCGCUAUCAAUCGCGUCGAGAAGUUUCCUUUUCGUCCCAUAAAACUCGCGGGGGCCUUCUUUCUCCUUUUACUUCCACUGCUCUUGCCCGAAUGGUUGUUGGUUUGAUCGAAUCGAAGAAGCGGUGGAUCCACGAAGAACGAGGAGCUGCGAGCUGUGAGCCUUGCUUUGCUUGAAGAAGAAGAUGGGUGGCUGCCUGGGAUGUAACGCGGCGACCUUUGCAAUGGCUCGCGCUACCAAUUUCUUCCACUGGUAUGGCCUCGAGUCGAGAGUCGUCAAGCUCGACAAUGGAGCCACUAUCCGCUGCUGGGCUCCAAAGAAAACCCGCAAGAAUCCACCCCUGGUGCUGCUCCACGCAUUCGGCCUGUAUGGUCUGUCCUGGAUCUUCCAGGUCCCCUCUUUCUCCAAAUCCUUCGACCUCUACAUCCCGGACCUCGUCUUCUUCGGAGACUCCACCAGCAGCAGCGCGGAGCGAUCGGAAUUCUACCAGGCCGAGUGCGUGGUGGAGCUGCUGGAGAAAUUCGGCGUCAACAAGUUCGACGUUGUUGGAACCAGCUACGGUGGCUUCGUCGCGUACAGGAUGGCUCAUAUGUUCCCCGAGGUUGUGCGUAGAGUCGUUCUCUCAAACUCGGCUCCCAACAAGGACCCUGCCUCGGAUCGCCGGCUCGUGGAGUACUGUGGCGUUCGCAGCGUGGCCGAUGUUUUGAUGCCUAGCAACUGGAGAGAUGCGAGGACCGCGUUUGAGCUCUGCUUCUACAAACUCCCACGCAUCAUGCCCGACUUUGUCUUCAAGGAUUAUCUGGAGGCUGUGUACAAGAAGAACACCAAGGAGAAGCUUGAGCUGCUGCAGGGGCUUGUUCUCGGCAAAGCCGACUCCCCAGAGUUGCCAACGCUGAGCCAGGACGUUCUCAUCGUCUGGGGAGACCAUGACAAAGUUUUCGACGUUGAAUACGCAUACAAGCUAAAGAAGCAUCUCGGGGAGCAAGCAGAGGUUGCAGUCAUCAAGAACACAGCUCAUGCACCGCAGUUCGAGAGAGUUUCUGAGUACAACAAGAUUGUCGUGUCUUACCUCAAAAGACCAUGAUCCAAAGCGCGUCCGAAGUCAUUAUAGAUUCCACAUCUGACAGGGAAACCAACAAUUCACGUAACCCCGGAAAACCAGAAAAACCAUGUACCUCUUGUCCUAUCAGGCUUGAAAAAAUAUGUGACGACGAAAGUCUCGCUGCCUUGGGACGAAAGUAGUCUCAAGGUUCAAAUGUCAAGCACG